UGCCUUUCUCUGACCCAUUCCUAUAAACAAAUCGAACCUCCAAUUUAGUUUCCCUUUUCGUCAACAACUUCAAUUUUAUAUACACCCAAAUAAACCAAACGGAUAAUCUUUUCCUCUACUAUUUCACAAAUCUUUCUUUCUCGAAGAAAGAUUGAUUUUUUAAUUCAUGGCGGCGAGUGCAAACCCAUCUGCAAAUAACAACGGGUCAACCAGCAAUGGAAAUGGCGCCACCACCGUCAAUAACAGCGGUGGUGGUGGUGGUGGCGCCGCCGCCGUGCAGGAUAAUUCGGUGGUCGGUCCUACACAGUCUGCUUUGAGGCAUAAUCCUGGUCUCUCAGUCGAAUGGGCUCCAGAUGAGCAAUCCCUCUUGGAAGAGCUACUCACAAAAUAUGCCUCAGAUAGCAGUGUAUUGCGUUAUGCAAAGAUUGCGAAGAAGUUACAAGACAAAACAGUUCGGGAUGUGGCACUACGUUGUAGAUGGAUGACGAAAAAGGAAAAUGGCAAGCGAAGGAAAGAGGAUAAUAAUUCAUCAAGGAAAAACAAAGAUAAAAAGGAAAAAGUAACCGAACAUUUGGCAAAGUCAUCUUCUCAUACUACAAACCGUGCCAACGGCCCUCCAUAUGCUCAAUCAGCAGUCUCUAUGGAUAGUGAUGAUGGUAUCUCUUACAAAGCCAUCGGCGGUACGGCAGGGCAACUUCUUGAGCAGAAUGCUCAGGCCUUGGAUCAAAUUUCUGCAAAUUUUGCUGCUUUUAAGGUGCAUGAGAACAUCAAUCUCUUCUGCCAGGCACGGAAUAACAUUGUCGCCAUCUUGAACGACUUAAACGACAUGCCGGAGAUAAUGAAGCAGAUGCCACCGCUUCCCGUGAAGCUUAAUGAAGAACUCACCACCUCCAUGCUUCCACAUUCAUCUUUGCAGAAAAAAUCUUGAAUCUUUUUCAACAAAAACCGAAACUUUCACAUCCUAAUUUCACCCUCCGAUCUUGCUCAGUUUCUUUUCGCUGUGAUACGAAAGUAGAUCUUGCUUUCCAGUGUGAUCAAUCAGAUGCAGUUUGGUUUUUCACUUCAAACCUGGAGACGAUGAUGUCGUUUCCAGUUAUUUGUCGAAAUGUCGGUCUUGAGUCCUUUUGUUCCCGGUUACUUGUGUUUUCGUGUUAGGUGUUCUGUGAAUAUGUGUGUAGUCGUGUCGAAGGAAGGAUUCUUGGACUCUGUAAAUUAUCAUAGGAUCGUCUGUUCGUCUGUCGAAGGCAUUACAACGAAAGGGAAUGUCCCGUUUAAGGUUAAAUGAAGUUCAAAGUUUAGAUUUAAA